UGUAGGUUGCACUUGUAUUAGUGCCUCAGUCCUAAAUCAUGGCACUACAAAACUGUAAUUGUGUCAAUUAAACCUCUUCAGUGUUACAGCAAUUUAUAUAAGUACCUUGUAAAGGUCUGGAUGGAAAGAAAGAUUUCAAAUUCUAAUCACGGAGCUGAGGAAAUAUAUAUGGAUGGAUUAAAAUACAAAGUUGCACAUGACAGUAAACAGAUAAGCCACUGGAACGUGUACAUCAACUGAACUAUUCUUGAAAGGAUGUUAAAAGACAAAGAAACAACCAAAGGCUGCUAUGCUUGGAUAGUUUUAUUCGCCUGUACAGUUUUACAGUUUCUGACAGACAGCAUUCUUAAAUCUUUUGGACUCUUUUAUGUUGAAAUUAUAGACGAAUUUCAUGAAAGUGUCUCAUUUACCAGUCUAAUAACAGGAAUAAUGUUUGGCGUUUACUGUCUAUCAACAUUACCAGUAAUGAUGUAUCUUAUAAAAGCUAUCCAGCCAAGAGGUGUUAUGAUCAUUGGGAGUGUGUUGAUAGCAGCCGGAUAUAGUCUCAGUUGCCUUGCACCGAACAUUUAUUUCCUUCUCUUUUCAAUAAGCAUAUUAGUUGGUGUUGGCAUGGCAUGUAUAUUUCCACCAUCAAUUUAUGCUUUGGGUACAUAUUUUACAAAGCGAAGAGCGACAGCAAAUGGCAUAGCAAUAUCAGGUUGCAGUUUAGGAGCACUAGUUAGUCCGCCUUUAUACCAGUAUCUAAUAAAAACAUACGGCCUUAGAGGAGCGCUGUUAUUAACAGGAGCAAUUCUUCUCAAUAAUUUACCAAUGGCAUUUCUUCUAAGGACUCCAAACAAAGUUGAGCAAUCAAAGAAAGCCCAUAGAUCGCCUUUAAUCAACAAAAAAGAAUCAGUGCAGGAGAUGAAACCGACUAAAACAUUAAAUGGAGAUAUUCAUACAAAUAAUUUUAAUUUUUUAAAUGGAUAUAUUAGUAUGACAGAAAAAAUACAUAAAUCUAAUCAUAAUGGAAUCGGUCUAUUUAGUUCUCAUCCCCAACUUUCGAAUAAUUUUGAAUUAGAACGAGAAGUGAUAGUACCGAAAAUGAAUGAAAAUAAAAGUAAUUCUGACGAACAUCUUAAUGUUAAAACAUUUUAUCGGGAGUUUCCAUUAAGUUCGUUCAAAUGUUUCAGCAGCAGUGCAUUAAUAGUAUAUCCAAUAUCAGUUGAAAGUGAAGACAGAAUUAACGAAAAUGAGAGCGCUGUAAAACAAAAUGAUUCCCUCAUUAAACCAGUGUGCAUCUUAUUAAAAAAACCAACGUUCGUGAUAUUCUUAUUAGCAAACUCUUUAGCAACUAUUGUGGCGUCAACGUUCUUGUCAUUUUUACCUUUACAUGCCAAGCAAAACAAUAUAGAAGAUGCUAAAAUGGUCAUCCUUGUCUCACUGACUGGAGCAGUAGAUUUAAUUGGUCGCAUCUUAUGUGGUAUUUUAGCUGACAGGUCACACGUACAAAGUUAUCAAAUCCUUGUUGUCUCACAACUAAUAUGUGGUCUUACUUAUAAUUGUAAUCAGUUUAUGACUUCAUUUUCGGGACUCGUCAUAUUUUGUGUGUUGAUUGGUUUAUUUAGUGGAAUGUUUUUACCCCUACGACAUUCAAUAAUGGUGGACAUCAGCGGAUUAGCAUUGUAUCCAACUGCUUUGGCGAUCACAACGGUAUCUCAGUUACCAAUUUAUGUCGCUGGACCUCUAGCAUUUGGCGUACUUCGUGAUCUCAAUGGCAAUUUCAUAGCAUCUUAUCACUUAAUAGGUGUGGUAGCCUUGCUCUCCGGGGUGUUAUUUUUAUGCGGACCAUUAUUUAAAAGAUGUAAAAAGAAUGUACCAUGUACGUCAAAUGAGGAGGCACUUAAAACGCAAACAACGUAGCCGUGUCACUAAUAACUACAAUAGUGUCGCCUAAGAUGUCUACACAGAAAAGCCAUGAAGAAACUACAUGUCUAUAAACAUUCUCAGUAUAGAUAUAUAGAUAGAAAGAUGUUAAAUGAAUUCAUAACACUUUGAAACCAAAGACCAAAACACAGAUGAAUGAAUGGUUCUUCGGUUGAAUUGAUUGCGUAUAGAUACACUGUUACAAGUUAUGACUGUUGUUGCAUACAUUUUACAAUUAAUUGUUUGUCGUUAGAUUGGAAGAGCUUUGCAUGUAUUUAUAUAUAUUCAUUAAAUGCCAACUAAUGUUUCUUUAAAAUACAUUAAAGCUGCAUAAUACCAA